UUUCAUAGUCGAGUAAGCUUUGCUUUGUUUUUGCCUAAAGAGCCCUUGCUUCACACUGCUGGCAGUUGAGAAGAUCAAGACCAGGCUGAGGUAUCAGGUAGAGUGGACAAGUCCCUUAAUCACUUUGCCUGCCUAUUACAGUAUUCUUCUUCCAGUUAGGUCAAGCGUUGGGGACGUCUCGCUGUUCCUUUGUAUUUCUCGAAGUCGAGAACUUCCCACAGUGAGAAAGAGUCUGCUUUCUGACCCAACUACGGUGUCCUGGCUGGUGGGCUGAAGAUGCGUUGCUGGCUGCUAGCUGUGGUGACGGCAGUGCUCUGGACCCAGUGCAUCCGUCUAGGGUGGGCUGAAGGCAGGAAGACACGUAAGAGACCGAAGGAGCUUGCUCCGCAGCACACCGAAGCAUUCAACACCACUAUUUCCAACAGUGAGGAGCUGGAUGGCAGCACAAAGCAGGUCAGUGAGAACCAGAGAGUGGACCCUCUUGGAUCAUGGAUGGAUUUUGUGAAGAGACCUGUGGGCAACUUUCCCGGAAAAUGCCGAAAGCGAAAACGACCACUGCCCGGUCCCCCGGGACCUCCUGGACCUCCAGGGCCUCAGGGACCUCCAGGAUCCCCUGGGGCAGAGGUCACUCAAGAGGUCCUGCUGCGAGAGUUCAAAGAAAUGAUCAAAGAGGCCACCGAGAGGCGAGCAGCAGUGGACAGGCCCAGCGAACCCAGUCAGCUGCCCACGGCUCUGAUCACCCUAGAGAGUGUGUCCUCCUACAGGAGAAUUGAGGAAGCCUUCCACUGCAAACUCAAAGGCCCUGUCGUUGUGGACAAAAAGACUCUGGCUGAACUGCAGAACUUUCAAACACCUCCUGCCAAAGGUGCCUUCCUCAGAGGGACGGGGAUGGAUCAGUCUACUGGCCGAUUUACAGCUCCUGUAACUGGAAUUUAUCAGUUCUCUGCCAAUGUUCAUAUUGACCACACUGAGGUGAAGAAAAGUAAGAACCAGCUGAGAGCCAGAGACAAUGUCAGAGUUUUGAUCUGCAUUGAAUCACUCUGCCACCGAUAUACAUCCUUGGAAAUGAUUGUUGGCCUUGAGAGUAACAGCAAAAUAUUUACAGUAUCUGUCCAUGGACUGCUGGAACUUCAGGCUGGGCAGUACACUUCCAUAUUCGUGGACAAUGCAGCUGGAGCAUCGAUCACAAUACAGAAUGGUUCAGAUUUCAUGGGCAUGUUGUUGGGGGUAUAGCCUUGUUUUACCAGCCAGACUAUAUCUGGAAGGCCACGUAAGACUGCAUAGCUCCCCUUUGGACUAUCACCCAGCACCAUAUAUCCUCAUGAGACAACAUAUGACUGCUACAAAGCUCUUGGCUUGUUCAUGGACAAGACAUGGACAUAUUAAAACCCACAAAGCAGAGACAGUUAGAUGCAAAACUGAAAGACUUUACCGAGGACAGUCGAUUCACAUCUGCCUCUCUCAUGUGCUGUCUACAUUGAGGUUUUUACCUCUUCAGAAAGAUCAGUUCUCACUGUUUCCACUUACCACGUCCUAUUUUGUGAUUUAUAGAUGUAUACAAAGAGAUUUUUGUACUUUGACGUUGUGUUGUUAUGUCCUUCCUCUUAAUUAAUAGUGUUUAUAUACAGAAUGUUUAUAUACACAGUUUGUUUUCUACGAUGAGAGGUUUUCUACAAUACAAGAGCUAAUCUAAGGUUUAAUCUUUUGGAUUUAUCUUGAAGGAACAUUUCACCCCAAAAUGAAAAUUUGUUGAAAAUUGCCUCAUCAUCAGGCCUUUGAUUGGUUUGUUUUUAUUCAGAACAAAUUUGGAGAAAUUUAGCAUUACCUCACUUGCU